CGCAGGUUUGGGCUGGGAGCAAGCGGAACGUUUCUGUCACACCACCAGUUAACCUGCGCGGCGGGGACCAUUUAGGCCUCCGCGCACCGUCCUUCACGGGUGCUGCAGUUUACUUGGGGGCAGCGAAAGCGGGCGUGGGGGUUCUCCUUGUGUCUACCAUCGUCGUGAGCAGGGCAGCAUGGACGUGCUUGCGGAAGAAUUCGGGAACCUGACCCCGGAGCAGCUGGCUGCGCCCAUCCCCACUGUAGAGGAAAAGUGGAGGCUGCUUCCAGCAUUUUUGAAGGUGAAAGGCCUUGUGAAACAGCAUAUAGAUUCAUUCAACUAUUUCAUUAAUGUGGAGAUAAAGAAGAUAAUGAAAGCCAAUGAAAAGGUCACGAGCGAUGCCGACCCCAUGUGGUACUUGAAGUAUCUUAAUAUCUAUGUGGGGCUUCCUGAUGUUGAAGAAAGCUUCAAUGUAACUAGACCAGUAUCCCCUCAUGAGUGCCGUCUGCGGGACAUGACGUACUCUGCCCCCAUCACAGUGGACAUCGAAUAUACCCGAGGCAGCCAGAGGAUUAUCCGUAACGCCUUACCCAUUGGCAGAAUGCCUAUAAUGCUGCGUAGUUCAAACUGUGUUCUUACGGGGAAGACUCCAGCAGAAUUUGCCAAACUGAACGAAUGUCCUUUAGAUCCAGGUGGCUACUUCAUUGUCAAAGGAGUAGAAAAAGUUAUUCUUAUCCAAGAGCAGCUGUCUAAGAACAGGAUCAUCGUGGAGGCUGACCGGAAGGGGGCAGUUGGUGCUUCGGUCACCAGCUCCACCCAUGAGAAAAAAAGCAGAACCAAUAUGGCUGUGAAACAGGGACGAUUUUAUUUGAGGCAUAAUACUUUGUCAGAAGAUAUUCCCAUUGUCAUCAUAUUUAAGGCCAUGGGUGUUGAGAGUGACCAGGAAAUUGUACAGAUGAUUGGAACAGAGGAGCACGUGAUGGCUGCAUUUGGGCCCAGUUUGGAAGAGUGCCAGAAAGCUCAGAUUUUCACACAGAUGCAGGCAUUAAAAUAUAUAGGGAACAAAGUAAGGAGGCAAAGGAUGUGGGGAGGGGGACCAAAGAAGACGAAGAUAGAAGAGGCAAGAGAGCUCCUGGCUUCUACCAUCCUGACGCACGUGCCGGUUAAAGAAUUCAAUUUCCGAGCAAAGUGUAUCUACACUGCAGUGAUGGUGCGAAGAGUGAUUCUGGCCCAAGGAGAUAAUAAAGUGGAUGACCGGGACUAUUAUGGUAACAAGCGAUUGGAGUUGGCAGGACAGCUCUUAUCACUUCUUUUUGAAGAUUUAUUCAAAAAAUUUAAUUCUGAAAUGAAGAAGAUUGCUGACCAGGUGAUUCCUAAGCAAAGAGCAGCUCAGUUUGAUGUUGUGAAGCACAUGCGUCAGGACCAGAUUACCAACGGCAUGGUGAAUGCCAUUUCUACAGGAAAUUGGUCUCUAAAGAGAUUUAAAAUGGACCGCCAGGGCGUGACUCAAGUGUUGUCUCGCUUGUCAUAUAUAUCUGCACUGGGCAUGAUGACAAGAAUCUCUUCUCAGUUUGAAAAAACAAGAAAAGUGAGUGGUCCUCGUUCCCUGCAGCCAUCUCAGUGGGGAAUGCUCUGUCCUUCGGACACUCCUGAAGGAGAGGCGUGUGGGUUGGUGAAAAACUUGGCCCUUAUGACACACAUCACGACUGACAUGGAAGAUGGACCCAUUGUUAAAUUAGCCAGUAACCUGGGGGUAGAAGAUGUGAAUUUAUUGUGUGGGGAAGAGCUCUCUUACCCAAAUGUGUUUCUCGUCUUCCUCAAUGGUAACAUCCUGGGUGUCAUUCGAGACCACAAGAAGCUAGUGAAUACGUUCCGACUGAUGCGAAGAGCAGGAUAUAUCAAUGAGUUUGUUUCCAUCUCAACGAAUCUCACAGAUCGAUGUGUCUAUAUUUCCUCUGAUGGAGGAAGGCUGUGCAGACCCUACAUAAUUGUUAAGAAACAGAAGCCUGCAGUCACAAAUAAACAUAUGGAAGAGCUGGCCCAGGGGUACAGGAAUUUUGAAGAUUUCUUACAUGAGAGUCUGGUUGAAUAUUUAGAUGUGAAUGAAGAAAAUGACUGUAACAUCGCACUCUAUGAACAUACAAUAAAUAAAGAUACCACUCACUUGGAGAUCGAGCCCUUCACUCUUCUUGGUGUGUGUGCUGGCCUCAUCCCAUACCCUCAUCAUAACCAGUCCCCGAGAAACACCUAUCAGUGUGCCAUGGGGAAACAAGCCAUGGGGACCAUUGGAUACAACCAGCGGAACAGAAUCGACACUCUCAUGUAUCUGCUGGCAUACCCACAAAAACCCAUGGUGAAAACAAAGACCAUUGAGCUGAUAGAAUUUGAGAAACUGCCAGCAGGACAAAACGCGACGGUGGCCGUGAUGAGUUACAGCGGCUACGAUAUUGAAGAUGCCCUGGUUUUAAACAAGGCCUCCUUGGACAGGGGCUUCGGGCGUUGCCUUGUAUAUAAAAAUGCUAAAUGCACACUGAAGCGCUAUACCAAUCAGACCUUUGAUAAGGUGAUGGGGCCCAUGUUGGACGCUGCCACAAGGAAACCCAUCUGGAGACACGAAAUUCUAGAUGCGGAUGGUAUUUGUUCUCCAGGUGAGAAGGUGGAAAACAAACAAGUGCUCGUGAAUAAGUCCAUGCCCACAGUAACUCAGAUUCCUCUGGAAGGAAGCAACGUGCCACAGCAGCCCCAGUACAAGGACGUGCCCAUCACCUACAAAGGGGCAACGGAUUCAUACAUCGAAAAAGUGAUGAUCUCUUCAAAUGCUGAAGAUGCUUUUCUGAUCAAAAUGCUGCUGAGACAGACCAGGCGUCCAGAGAUUGGAGACAAAUUCAGCAGCCGUCAUGGGCAAAAAGGUGUUUGUGGCUUGAUCGUCCCUCAGGAAGACAUGCCAUUUUGUGAUUCUGGCAUCUGUCCCGACAUCAUCAUGAACCCGCACGGCUUCCCAUCGCGAAUGACGGUGGGGAAGCUGAUUGAGCUGCUGGCCGGCAAGGCCGGCGUGUUGGAUGGCAGAUUCCACUACGGCACUGCGUUUGGAGGCAGCAAAGUGAAGGAUGUGUGUGAAGACCUCGUUCGCCAUGGUUAUAACUACCUGGGGAAAGACUAUGUUACAUCUGGCAUCACAGGCGAGCCCUUGGAAGCAUACAUCUAUUUUGGCCCGGUGUACUAUCAGAAACUGAAGCACAUGGUGCUGGACAAGAUGCACGCCCGGGCCCGGGGACCACGAGCUGUCCUGACCAGACAGCCCACUGAAGGUCGAUCUCGUGAUGGCGGUUUGCGUCUUGGAGAAAUGGAACGUGACUGUUUAAUCGGUUAUGGAGCCAGUAUGCUUUUACUAGAGAGACUAAUGAUUUCAAGUGAUGCCUUUGAGGUUGAUGUCUGUGGGCAGUGUGGACUUCUGGGGUAUUCUGGCUGGUGCCAUUACUGCAAGUCGUCCUGUCACGUGUCCUCCCUCCGCAUCCCGUAUGCCUGCAAGCUGCUCUUCCAGGAGCUGCAGUCGAUGAACAUCAUCCCCCGCUUGAAACUGUCGAAAUACAAUGAGUAAGGGCGGGACAGGCCAUUAUUUAAAGAGAACUGCCGGCAGGUCCAAGGCAAUGGAAAGCGGAUUGAGGACCACGCCUGCUCCUGUGAAGAAUUCCUUUGAACGUCCCCCCUCAAGAAAGGAAGACAGGCUUUCUUGUCCUGUGGACUGACGAUGCAGCCUUGAUCCGUGAGCCUCGGGCCGUGCGAGACAUGCCACCCACGCAGACCAUGAUGCCCUCUCUCGUUCCUGGACUGAAUGCGAGUCACAAAUGGACAUGACCUGAAAGAUAAAUAAACUUUUAUUUAUGUUCUGGUAUCUUGAAAUCUACUCAUGAGAAAGACCUUCCUCCUUUAAAAGAAUAUUUGGGGUUAAAUUCCCCAUGAUGCCUUCCCAGCUAACAAAACUCAAAAACUCUUACGACACCUGAAGGGUAUGAAGAGUGUCUUUGAGUGUUGGCGUGGCCUUUGUCGAGGUGGCUGAGAGGAGCAGUGUGUGAAGGGAGAGAGCUGUGGGACGCUGAGAGCAGCGGAUAAAGGGACGGCUUUCUUACCUGGUACUGUGAAAUACAAUGAAUAAAUUCCUACCAUCUUAUUAAUAAGUUUACCAAGGAUGUCCCCUUGUCUUACGGACUUGAUUGCUACUCUUUUGAACCUCCGCAGUCAGACGAUGCAAUAAUAUUUGUUGAACAUCUGAAAAUAA